GUGUUGGGCUUGCCGGAGGGGGUGCUGCUGGGCGGCUGCCCAAUCUGAGCGGUGCUCGUCCGCCUGAUUGACAACUGGGUCGGGCCCAGCCGGCACCGGUGCAAGAUACACACAGGCAAUUAGACGGAGGCGGGGGCUGCUUUCGCGGGGCUUUUCCCUGCCCUCCCACAGGCAGGGGCGCUCCGGCGUCACGCUCGCAGCUGCCCCUUCACCUCAGGCAGCCCGGGAGGGAAGCCGCGGCAGCCGCCGCCGCCGCCCGCCACCCUUUCUCCCAACGGGUGAACGCUUCCGAGGCGCCACUGCAGUGCCCUCAGCUGCGUGUGCAGCCGGUAGGAGAGGACACAAAGAGGCGGGACGGUUCUCCGCCGAGGGAGGGAAAGAGGCGCUCCUUGGACCCCCCCCCCCCGAACACGCGGGAAUUAUAACGGCGAGCGGGAGGAGGACGAUGCAGGCAUCGAUAUUGUGAGGAAGUGACUGGCCGCGCGACUUCCUUCCAGAGGUUGCUCGCUCUCCUCCCCGCCUUCCAGAUAGUGCACAAAUAAUCACCGCUGCUUUGAAGUCGCUUGUUGGUUUAGUAGUGGCGGCGGCGGCGGCAGCAGCAGCAGCUGCCGCCUUUUUUUUGCAAGGGUGCUGCGCCUCGCGCGCGCGCCCGUGCCUCUAGCUCCUUAUUGGGGGGGGGGAGCUCUCUUGUCUCCUCCCCUCCCUCCUCCCUCGGGGAGAGCGCCUUUGUUGUGUUUCGGGGAGGACUCUUUAUCCUUCACCUCUCCGUUGUGUGUGUGUGUGUGUGUGUGUGUGUGUGGCGGUGCAUCGCCGCCCCACCGGAUGCAUGCAGUGCUGAAAAGCCACGGCUGGCGCUGGCGGAACCGGGAUCUGGGCGAUAGCUCAGUCGGUUUGCAACCUUUGCAGUUUGACCGACGGUCGGAGACGGGAGAGUUUUGCAAUCCGCCUCUUUAGAGCCUUUGCAUAUAUCGGGGAGGAGAAAGAAAGAAAGAAAAAGCGGAAGGAGGAGAAGCCCAAUCAUCAUCAUCGCCGAGCUGCUGCAGGAAGAAGAAGGAGGAGGAGAGAAGGGUCGUCGAUAUUGUUGCUCCUCUGGAACUGGCGAGGCUGAUGGCGGAGUUUGACAGCAGAGGGGGUGGCACCAGCAGUGGGGGCAUAGCCUCCUCCCCAAGCCCUGCACACGGGAAGGUGGCCUUCAAAGCAGGAGAUGGGGAAGGUGGUGGUGGUGGUGGAGGAGGAGGAGGUGGUGGGGUUGCAAGAACCCACUUGGACAGUGCCGGCAACGGGGUCUCCAAUGGGGACUGUGCUCUGAUGGGCACCAGAGAAGAGACAGAGUCUACUCAGUCUGGGAGCCCUGCCACAGAGAGAGGAUGUCCCAUCCUGCAGCCAGAUGGCAAACCUGGUCACCCCAAGAAAACAAGCAUCAUCAAGGAUGGUACAAAGCAAAAAAGAGAACGGAAAAAGACGGUGUCAUUUAGCAGCAUGCCAACUGAAAAGAAAAUCAGUAGUGCAAGUGACUGUAUUAACGCCAUGGUUGAAGGCUCAGAACUCAGAAAGGUUCGCUCCAACUCUAGAGUUUACCACCGGUACUUCCUUUUAGAUGCGGACAUGCAGUCUCUACGUUGGGAGCCUUCAAAGAAGGAUUCUGAGAAAGCAAAGAUUGACGUUAAAUCCAUAAAAGAAGUGAGAACAGGGAAAAAUACAGACAUUUUUCGUAGCAAUGGAAUUUCGGAACAGAUUUCAGAAGACUGCGCAUUUUCUAUUAUUUAUGGAGAUAAUUAUGAGUCUCUAGAUCUUGUUGCAAAUUCUGCAGAUGUUGCAAAUAUUUGGGUCACUGGACUGAGAUACCUGAUAUCGUAUGGAAAACACACACUAGAUAUGCUGGAAAGUAGCCAAGAUAAAAUGCGGACUUCAUGGGUUUCACAAAUGUUUAAAGAAACAGAUAUUGAUAAUUUGGGGCGCAUAUCCAUGUGCAGAGCUGUACAGUUUAUAAAAAAUUUAAAUCCUGGUUUAAAAACUAGUAAAAUUGAAUUGAAGUUCAAAGAGCUACACAGAGCAAAAGACAAACCUGGUACAGAAGUCACAAAGGAAGAGUUUAUUGAAGUCUUUCAUGAGCUUUGCACUCGCCCUGAGAUCUAUUUCUUGUUAGUUCAAUUUUCUAGCAAUAAAGAAUUCCUGGACACAAAGGACCUUAUGAUGUUUUUAGAAGCAGAACAGGGUAUUGCACAUGUCACCGAGGAGAUAAGCCUUGACAUUAUUCACAAAUAUGAGCCAUCUAAAGAGGGCCAGGAAAAGGGCUGGCUUUCCAUAGACGGUUUUACAAAUUAUCUUACUUCUCCAGAAUGCCAUAUAUUUGACCCAGAACAUAAAAAGGUGUGCCAGGGCAUGAACCACCCUCUAUCUCAUUAUUUCAUAAACUCAUCUCAUAACACGUACUUGAUAGAGGAUCAGUUCCGAGGCCCAUCUGAUAUCACAGGAUACAUCCGUGCUUUGAAAAUGGGGUGUCGAUGUGUCGAGUUGGAUGUGUGGGAUGGUCCUGACAAUGAGCCUGUAAUUUACACAGGGCACACCAUGACCUCGCAGAUAGUCUUCCGCAGUGUGAUCGACAUUAUAAACAAAUAUGCAUUCGUUGCUUCGGAGUACCCUCUUAUUUUGUCGUUAGAAAACCAUUGUUGUCUCAAGCAGCAGAGGGUGAUGGUUCAGCAUAUAAAGAAAAUAUUGGGAGACAAGGUCCACACACAGUCUCCAAACACAGAGGAAUCUUAUCUGCCUUCUCCUGAAUCUCUAAGAGGGAAAAUACUAAUUAAAGCCAAGAAGCUGCCUCCUAAUUGUUCUGUGCUAGAGGGAGAUGUUACAGAUGAAGACGAAGGUGCAGAAAUGUCCCAGAGAAUGGGAAAAGAGGGUGUGGAACAACAGAAUAUUGCCACAGUAAAACGGUUUCAGCUCUGCAAAGAGCUUUCAGAACUGGUAAGCAUGUGUAAGUCGGUUCAAUUUAAAGAUUUUCAGGUUUCAUUUCAGCUUCAAAAAUACUGGGAAGUUUGCUCCUUCAAUGAAGUGCUUGCUACCAAAUAUGCCAAUGAAAACCCUGGAGACUUUGUGAAUUACAACAAACGUUUUCUCGCCAGGGUUUUCCCUAGCCCUAUGAGGAUUGAUUCUAGUAAUAUGAACCCACAGGAUUUUUGGAAGUGUGGCUGUCAGAUAGUAGCAAUGAACUUUCAGACACCUGGAUUAAUGAUGGACCUCAACAUUGGUUGGUUUCGACAAAACGGUAACUGUGGGUAUGUCCUUCGACCUGCUAUCAUGCGGGAAGAAGUCUCUUACUUCAGUGCAAAUACAAAGGACUCUGUGCCUGGAGUUUCACCUCAGCUUCUUCAUGUUAAGAUUAUUAGUGGACAGAACUUUCCUAAACCAAAAGGGUCAGGUGCCAAAGGUGAUGUUGUAGACCCUUAUGUCUAUGUAGAAAUCCACGGGAUCCCUGCAGACUGUGCAGAGCAAAGGACAAAAACUGUGCACCAGAAUGGGGACAACCCAAUUUUUGACGAGAGUUUUGAAUUUCAGAUUAACCUACCUGAACUCGCCAUGGUGCGCUUUGUAGUGCUGGACGAUGAUUAUAUCGGGGAUGAAUUUAUUGGGCAGUACACAAUUCCCUUUGAGUGUUUACAGACAGGUUAUCGCCAUGUCCCCCUUCAGUCUUUAACAGGAGAAGCUCUGGCACAUGCUUUCUUAUUUGUCCACAUUGCUAUAACUAAUAGAAGGGGUGGAGGAAAGCCACAUAAAAGGGGGCUGUCUGUCAGGAAGAGCAAGAAAUCCAGAGAAUAUGCCUGUAUGAGGACUUUAUGGAUUAAAACCAUUGACGAAGUAUUCAAGAAUGCUCUCCAGCCCAUACGGGAUGCCACAGAUUUGAGGGAGAACAUGCAGAAUGCAGUGGUUUUAUUCAAAGAGCUGUGUGGCCUCUCUCCUGUAGCAAACCUCAUGCAAUGCAUUCUGGCAGUAUCUACACGCUUGGUGAGAUCUGAUAACACACCCUUGGUUGUAAUGAAUCUCAGCGAACAGUAUCCCGUUAUGGAACUGCAAGGAAUCAUUCCAGAAGUUUUGAAAAAAAUUGUAACAGCAUAUGAAACGAUGAUUCAGACUAUCAAGACACUGAUAGAAAAUGCAGAUAACGUAUAUGAAAAAAUAGUCCAGUGCCAAAAAGCAGCGAUGGAGUUCCACGAGAACUUACAAAGUAUAGGAGCCAAGGAAGGUUUAAAGGAGAGAAAGCUACAAAAAGCAGUGGAGAGCUUUACCUGGAAUAUUACAAUCCUAAAGGGGCAGGCUGAUCUUCUCAAAGAUGCUAAGAACAAAGCCCUGGAGAACCUAAAGCAAAUCCACUAUGCUACUGUUUCAUGUGGACUGAAUAAGCCAGGAUCAGAAACAGCCGAGGGUUCAAAGCCCCGUCGAAGCCUGGAGGCUAUACCUGAAAAGGCGGGUGAAGAAAAUGGAGAAUGAAAAAACAUUCUCAUUAUUUUGGAGUUUAUAACUCUGCAACCAUUGUAGCUGCACAAGACAUUUUGCUUUGCACUUACUACUAGUGGGAGGGGAAAUCCUGGAAUUUUAAAAGCACAACUGGAGAAGCUAAUUACAAUCCAUGAAAACUGUGAAUGUACAUAGCAAUUCUGUGUGCAGAGGCAACUGAAUUGUUCUAACAUGGAAAUAAUAUUGCUGGCUAAAACACUCUGUAUAUGUGUAAAAGAUGUCAUGAUUCAAUAACCUUGUGCAGAAAAAAUAUCAUUGUCAUUCAACAGAAAAACAAAUUUGUUUUCCUGACUGGAAAUACAUUAUAAUGGCAAGGGAAGGAGCUUUUGUCAUUGCUCAGAAAAGUGCCUUGGUUUUUGGGGGAAAUCUAGGUGUGCAGUGAUUCCUUGAUUUAGGAGCAGUGCAGUUCUAUAAUAGUUUGUUGUGUUAGGCCUGCUGUUGCACAUCUAACUUAAAAAUCAGGGCUGAAAAUGUAAGCAAAUGCACAGAUUAAGCAAAAUUCUAUGAUGAAGAUACUUGGCAGUGUUCAGCUUUGAAAGUGCUACUCUUUUGGGUUUCUUUUGUUGUUGUUGUUGAGCCAUAAAUAAAAAGGGGAAUGUAAAUACAAAGUGCUUACUCCUGGCACAGUGCACUGUGGGAGAGCCAUUGCAUAGAAGGAACAUGUGCAAUCAGUCAGCCAUUAAAUGCCUGAGUAAGGUGUAUAUACCUAUUUCCACCUAAGAACAUCUGCAGAUGUCUACAGCUAAUGUAAAAGUGACCAAACUGCAAACAAAAUACUGUAAAUAGUUUUAUCAUUUCGUGGAAGUGAAGAAGUAAUUCACAUUAAAAUGUUUUAUGAUACAAUUCCCAUGUUAUUGGCCUAAAACUGAAGUUCAAUUUUUGUUUCGUUUCAGGUUUUUAAAUAGCCUUUUUAAACUUCCAGAUCCAUCAAUCUUCCCAUUACGUGGUUUUAACAUGGAUUUGUUUUUCGAAAUUUCAUACUCACUGUAAGCUGAAUAUACAAACCAAGAUCUGCCUCCUAAUGUUUCUGCUAAAAAUAAUAAAAUGGGGUAUGCCAUCACAAGGUGCAAUAAAUUUGAAGCAAAUGAAGUCAGUUUUAAGAGAUUUAAAUUGUCUUUUUGUCGCGUGCCAGCGCCAACCCCAAUUUUGUUAAAGACAACCUUGAUCCAAAAUGCCCCAGAGUUCUGUGCACCUCAGAAACGCCAUUCCCUUCCAGCAAAGCCUUCUCAAUAAAAGAUGCAUCACUUAAGCCAGUGUUUCUCAACCUUUUUUGGGCCACGGCACACUUGUUCCGUGAAAAAAAUCACGAGGCACACCACCAUUAAAAAAGUUAAAAAUUUUCACUCUGUGCCGCCCUAUAUUAUAAUUAUGACUGUAAGAAACACUUGCCAAAUAUUGCUUUCCGGCGGGUUAGUGUUAUGUUUUGGCGGCCGCCAGGCUCGUUUGCAAUGAGCUUCGGGAAAGAGGAGGAGAAAUAUUGCUUUCCGGCGGGUCGGUGCAAUGCAAAUCGCCCUUCUCGUUGCCGCACGUCGCGGCACACCAGCCAGCGUCUCGCGGCACACUAGUGUGCCGCGGAACAGCAGUUGAGAAACGCUGACUUAAGCAACACUGUUAGAAUUUCUUACUCGAAUGAUUUCAGUUCAAGCAGUGCUAUUUUUCUGGGAAAAUAUUCUGUUCUUUUAUCAUGACAAUGGUGCCCACCUGAGAUGUGUCAGAACUGAGUUCCAGCUGAAAAAAGCCGUAGGUUCGAGUAUAAAAGGUAAAGGUAAAGGGACCCCUGACCAUUAGGUCCAGUCGUGACCAACUCUGGGGUUGCGCGCUCAUCUCGCAUUAUUGGCCAAGGGAGCCGUCGUAUAGCUUCCAGAUCAUGUGGCCAGCAUGACAAAGCCGCUUCUGGCAAACCAGAGCAGCACAUGGAAACGCCGUUUACCUUCCCGCUGUAGCGGUUCCUAUUUAUCUACUUGCAUUUUGACGUGCUUUCGAACUGCUAGGUUGGCAGGAGCUGGGACCAAGCAACGGGAGCUCACCCCGUCACAGGGAUUCGAACCGCCGACCUUCUGAUCAGCAAGCCCUAGGCUCAGUGGUUUAACCACAGCGCCACCUGGGUCCCAGGUUCGAGUAUAAAUCGCUGCAAUGUUGUAGGCUGAAGCUUUAAGGACUGAAUCAGGACUACCACCUGAACAGUGGAUCAGCCAGUGACAAUACUAGAGGCAGUCCUACAGUGAAAGGCUAUACAGAGUAGAUUGCAUUAUACUGAACUUUGCAUCUGCAGAAUCGGGUCACCAAUCUUGUUGCCACCAAGAGAGGUUUCCCCCGGACACUUUUUCUUUGCCAGUUCUCUGCUGAAUGGGUGGAGACAGGGGCACAGCCUGGGUGUGGCCAGAUAAGAGGUGCAACCAGCAGAACAGCUCACUUCCCUUUUCACAAGAGCGGUGGGGGUAGGGAUGGCUUUUAAAUAGGCCUCUAGCCUCUGAACUGUGGGUUGCCACUUAAGCAAAGACUACAGUUGUGUUAGUCCUGUGCAAAUUUACCACCCCUUUCAAGUCCAGUGGAUGAAACGAUAUCGAGUUGUGGAACUAAAGAAGGGCUAUCUGUGUUCUGCUUAUCUUAAACUAUGCUGGGAUUGUUGUUUAGUCGUUUAGUCGUGUCCGACUCUUCGUGACCCCAUGGACCAUAGCACGCCAGGCACUCCUGUCUUGCACUGCCUCCCGCAGUUUGGUCAAACUCAUGUUCGUAGCUUUGAGAACACUGUCCAACCAUCUUGUCCUCUGUCGUCCCCUUCUCCUUGUGCCCUCCAUCUUUCCCAGCAUCAAGGUCUUUUCCAAGGAUUCUUCUCUUCUCAUGAGGUGGCCAAAGUAUUGGAGCCUCAGCUUCACGAUCUGUCCUUCCAGGGAGCAAAAAUUAUAUGCCUGUUGUCUUUGUCCAUGGAGUUUUCUUGGCAGGGAUACUGGAGUGGCUUGCCAGUUCCUUCUCCAGGUGGAUCACGUUUAGUCAAAACUCUCCACUAUGACCUGUCCAUCUUGGGUGGCCCUGCAUGGCAUAGCUCAUAGCUUCUCUGAGUUAUUCAAGCCCCUUCGCCACGACAAGGCAUUGAUCCAUGAAGGGGAUCUAUCCAUGCUGGGAUAGAUGAUACCUUCUUGCUCAGUGAACUAGCAGCCUUAUCAUUGCAUGUUGCUGUCCUCCAGUUGCCUUCCAAACACCUUUAAAGAUCUAGAUAAGCCCACCAGUGCAAUAUCAAGCCGUCAACACACACCUAAAAUCACCAGGAAGUUCUGCUUCCUGCCUGUGCCUCAUCUGGUUUUGUUUUCUUCACAAAAAGAAACCUCUUCCUUAAAACGUAAGCACAACAAGAGUAAAGUGCAAUCCUAUUUGUGGUGUCCCUUCCCCUGCACUGCACUGCCUUCCAGAGCAAAAACAUAACUGGCAUGACAUCCUCUUUCUGCAGUUUGUGCUGGUAACUUGGCUCAUUGGCUCAGCUGCCUGAGCCCAUGGAAAUAUGACAGAGUCACAUCUAUCGGCAUUUGCUGAUAGCAUGGUACUGGGCGCACCAACCAAGGAAGGGUCACAAUCUGUAACAAGGAAUGGCAGAGGGAGGAAGAACUUUUUGGUUGGGAACAGGGAAUUACGGGCCUCUCUGCUCAAGAGCCAGAGACCAAAUCAUGGCUCCUUCAGUCAAGUUUACUUAUCCAAACUAAUGCCCCAUCCUACCAUUCUUACGUGCCACAAUGCGCAUGAGGACCAAUGUUACAGGAGCUCCAGUUUUAUACCAGUGGCUCCCUGCACCUGUCUUAUUAAUAGGCCAAGAAAAAAAUGGAGAAAUGUCUGAUGGACAUUUCCAACCGAUGUCAGAAAGACUUGUUCACAGUGCCCCCAAAAGGCCCCAAAGUUGUGCAGGCAGCUGUGCAUGCAACAGCAUGAUUUGUCCCUUAACCUCUGCGUAGGGGACAAAUAAUUGGCCCUUGCUUGAAGGAAGAUAGAAAAAGUCUCCAAAGUGAGAUAUCAUGUGGAAAACGAAACAGCUGGCAACCCUGGUUCAAGACAGGGCUUGCUGUGAAGUGUUCUUAAUGUUGCUUAAGGAACAAUUCAUUGCCAUUAUGGGAUGGACAAGGGAGCAGCUGCACCUGGAACAAUUUGCUGGAUCAGGGAGCAUGAUAAUAGAAGCUGUUUAUUUUGCAAAUACUUUAAAGGGCAUUUGCAGUUACAUGAGAACUUGCACGAUAAAUUGGCCUGGGUUGAUUUCAUAUGUCCAUGCUGCAUAGGGUGACCCGAUACAUUGGCAACUAUUAAUAUUCGUGUAGAAAAGGGAAUUCAACAGGAAGUGCAGUUUGUGGUUUGUAAUGCUGGUGUGACUGACAAUGUGAACCUGCUCAUAUAUUCCGUAUUCCAGACAAUGAUGAUAGUGACAAAAAUGGGUAGGUUGCCCUAGCAUUGUAUGAGUCACAUUUACUUCUAUGGCUCCUGCUAUUGAACUGUCAAUCUGAUACACCCUGGGAUAAAGAUGUGGAGCUUCCUCCCACCCCAUUUUGAAGCAGUUAAAAGAAAUCCUUACAUUGGAAGCGAAACACUUAUCAAUACUCUAUCCGAUUAAAGUGGAAUCCAAUUUUCUCUGAUGAAGUGAGGUGGUACUUAUGACACGCUCUGGGUUUCACUUGAUAAACUUGUCUCCACCAGCGGGUAUCACAUGAUUACAAGACUCUCUGUAAGAGCUGAUCUGAGAUAACCACUCCACACUAGCAUGCUAUCAUAUAACCAUGCAAGUUAUCUGAUGGUGAAGCACAGAAAUUUGAAUUACCUUGGGCUGUUCUUGCAACACUGCCCAAUGUAUCCUGAUUUCUGCAAAGAGUAUAAUACACCAAAUACUUCUAUCAGUAUAGUGCCCCUCAGCAACAGCUUUCUGCUGAAUCACUUAAAACUCUACUUGCAUGGUUUUUAAAAGGCAAGUGCCCAUAUUCUUUCACACAGGCUUAUUCAUUUAAUUGAAACACUUCAAAUGGAUAUUGGGUUGGGAAAGGUUACAUCACGGUAACACAAAAUCAUCCUCAGCAGUUGUGCUGAGCUAUUUAGCCUAAUGAUGACAAUCGGUCUAUGAUAAGUCAGUCAAAACUUGCUCUCGCAACUAAACAAACCAGUAUUGGAAAAAUAAAAUUUAACGUGUUGAGCCCCUACAAAAUGGUGGAUAACACUUUUCAUUUGGCUAAACGGCACGAGGCGCUCACAACUGGAUGGAAUUUUGGGGCUUCAGCUCAAUACUUUGCGCAUAAGAGACCUUAGGUUCAAUCCCUGGCUUUUCCAGGUAUGGCUGCAUCGAGAGGUCUGUCCAAAACCAUCUCUGUAAAAAAAUAUGGAGGUAGAUUGACCAAAUAAAUCUGUAUAAGGCAUUAGAGCUUUUCAGCACAUAAUUGCUGUGUUCCAAUUUGGCUGAAAACCAUAGUGCUGGUCAUCAUUUACAGAAUGGUAAUGAAUCAUGGUGCAGAGAUUUGUCCCUGUUCAAAACACAGGCCUAAAUACUUCUAAGGAAACUAGGACCAAUUCUUAAUUAUGGGCAACAUUCAACGUUUGUCAUACUACCAAGCAACCACAUUGAAAUAAAUGGACUUACAUUAUGUAACUCUGUUGAUUCCAGUGUGUCUGCUCCGAGUAUGGCUAAUGCUGAAUAUCAUUAUCCCCCUAUUAUUAUUUACAAUUUAAUAAUAAUAAUUUGGCACGCCAUUGCACCCUCCUCGGAUAGAACUACAAGAUACCUUAUUGUUUUUGUGGUCACUUGGACAACACAAGGCUAGUAAAUGAUUUCCUGACAAACAACGGUACCAGCUUAGAUGUGUUAAUACGAAGAACUUCAGUUAGUGGUUAAAUACCACUUUACGCAGAAUAAACCACAUUUUUAUCAGGCCACUCACCAGCUGUGUGUGUACAUUAAAGAUCUAGUUGGUUGCUUUUCUUUUAAUUGUUGUAGACCAGGCAUCCCCAAACUUCGGCCCUCCAGAUGUUUUGGACUAAAAUUCCCAUCUUCCCCGACCACUGGUCCUGUUAGCUAGGAAACAAGGGAGUUGUAGGCCAAAACAUCUGGAGGGCCGCAGUUUGGGGAUGCCUGUUGUAGACCAUCAACCAUAGCUGCCAAGUUAUCCCUUUUUUAAAGGGAUUUUCCAUUAUGCUGAAUAGGCUUCCUCGUGAGAAAAGGGAAAACUUGGCAGCUAUGCAUCAACAAGUCUGAACAACUAAAUGCUACUAAUGCAACAAACACACUAAAUCAGAAGGCUUGUCUGUUGAUAAAACUCAACAGCAACUCAGUGUAUCUACCACAGAGCUGCAGGGCCUACAGAAGUUGUUUGACUACAAUUCCCUUCACCUUUUCCCAUUGGCCAUGCUGGCUGGGGCUGAGGGGAACUGUAGUCCAGUGACAUUCCGAGGGCCACAGGUUCCCCAUUCCUAAUCUACUGGAUGUGGGUAAAGCCCUGAGCAGCCUCUGAGUGAUUUCCACCACCAGAAAGGUCUUGGCUUUCAGAUGGGUGUUUUCAGCUGAACUGCUCAGCCUCAUUUACAAUGACAUCAUUGGAAAUACAGUCUGUGUCCUCUAAAUCACUCCGACGCACGCAUUCGCUUUCUGUCGGCUGAGCACGAUUUGCCUCCGUGUUAAAGGGUUUUGUACUGGAAUGGGGAAGGGGGGGGAGAAACAUUUCAUAGUAAGACAUUUAAAUGCCAUAGAUGUCACAACAUUAGAUGGUUG